AUGUCCGGCUCGUCGGGCGGAAGCUCGCACAAGUCCAAGCGCGACAUCCGCGUGGCGCAGGCCACGGCGGACGCGCAGCUGCACUCCGCCUUCGAGAACUCCGCCAACACCGGCGACACCUUCGACUACAGCAAGUCCGUCGAUGCCAGCCGCGGCACCGGCGCGGAGAGCAUGCCGUCGACGACCAUCACGGCGUACCUGCAGCGCAUGCAGCGCGGAGGAAUUACCCAGACGUUCGGGUGCAUGAUUGCGGUGGAGGAGGAGACGUUUAAGGUGAUUGCGUACAGUGAAAACGCCCCGGAGAUGCUCGACCUGCUGCCGCAGGCUGUGCCGACUGUCGGCUCCAAGGGCCUGCUUGACAUCGGCACUGAUGCGCGCACGCUCUUCACCCCGGCGUCCGUCUCCGCGCUCGAAAAGGCGGCGGCGGCGCAGGACGUGUCCAUGAUGAACCCCGUCUCCGUGCAAUGCCGCGGCUCGCAGAAACCCUUCUACGCCGUUCUGCACCGCAUUGACGUCGGCCUGGUCAUCGACUUCGAGCCCGUGCGCCCCAACGACCCGACCGUCACCGCCGCCGGCGCGCUCCAGUCGCACAAGCUCGCGGCGAAGGCCAUUUCGCGCCUGCAGGGCCUCCCCGGUGGCGACAUCGGGUUACUGUGCGACGCCGUCGUGGAGGAGGUUCGCGAGCUGACCGGGUACGACAGGGUGAUGACUUACAAGUUCCACGAGGAUGAGCACGGCGAGGUGAUUGCGGAGAUCCGACGGUCGGAUAUGGAGCCGUACCUCGGGCUUCACUACCCCGCGACGGAUAUCCCGCAGGCGUCGCGGUUCCUGUUCAUGAAGAACCGCGUUCGCAUGAUCUGCGAUUGCAACUCCGCUCCGGUCCCUGUGGUUCAGAACGAGGCGCUGAAGCAGCCCAUCUCUCUCGCCGGCUCCACCCUCCGCGGCGUGCACCCGUGCCAUCUCAAGUACAUGGGCAACAUGGGCUCCACGGCCUCGCUCGUCAUGGCCGUCAUCAUCAACGACAACGACGAGGACGCCGUCGCCGCCGGCCAGUCCAAGGGCCGCAAGCUCUGGGGGCUCGUCGUCUGCCACCACUCCUCGCCCCGCUACGUGCCCUUCCCGCUGCGCUCCGCCUGCGAGUUUCUCAUGCAAGUGUUCGGUCUCCAGCUGAACAUGGAGGUCGAGCUGGCCGCUCAGCUGCGCGAGAAGCACAUUCUCCGCACCCAGACGCUCCUGUGCGAUAUGCUGCUGCGCGACGCGCCCAUUGGGAUCGUCUCGCAGUCGCCCAACAUCAUGGAUCUCGUCAAGUGCGACGGCGCGGCGCUGUUCUACGGCGGCCGGUUCUGGCUGCUCGGAACGACCCCUACGGAGCAGCAGAUUCAGGACAUUGCCUCCUGGCUGCUGGAGCAGCAUAAGGACUCCACCGGUCUGUCUACGGACAGUCUCGCGGACGCUGGGUAUCCCAACGCGGAGACCCUUGGGAACGCCGUGUGCGGUAUGGCUGCGGCGCGCAUCACGGAGAAGGAUUUCCUGUUCUGGUUCCGGUCGCACGCGGAGAAGGAGGUCAAGUGGGGCGGCGAGAGGCACAACCCGGAAGACAAGGACGACCCCAAGCGCAUGCACCCGCGCUCGUCCUUUGCCGCGUUCCUCGAAGUCGUCAAGCAGCGCUCCCUCCCCUGGGAGGACGUCGAGAUGGACGCGAUUCACUCCCUGCAGCUCAUUCUCCGCGGCAGCUUCCAGGAUAUCGACGAUUCCGAGACCAAGACGAUGAUCCACGCGCGGCUGAACGACCUGAAGCUGCAGGGGAUGGACGAGCUCAGCACCGUUGCGAAUGAGAUGGUGCGCCUGAUUGAGACGGCCACGGCGCCCAUCCUGGCCGUUGAUUCCAGCGGGUGCAUCAACGGCUGGAACGCCAAGGUGUCGGAGCUGACGGGGCUGCCUGUGGGCGAGGCCAUGGGACGGUCGCUCGUGCACGACCUGGUGCACGAGGAGUCCAAGGAGGUCGUCGAACGCGUGCUUUAUCUCGCGCUGCAAGGCGAGGAGGAGCAGAACAUCGAGGUGCAGCUGCGCACGUGGGGCGCGCAGAAGGAGAAGAACGCCGUCAUCCUCGUCGUGAACGCGUGCGCGAGCCGUGACGUGAACGAGAACGUGGUGGGAGUGUGCUUCGUGGGGCAGGACGUGACGGGGCAGAAGGUGGUCAUGGACAAGUUCACCAAGAUCCAGGGCGACUACUCCACCAUCGUGCGCUCGCACAACUCGCUCAUCCCGCCCAUCUUCGGCUCCGACGAGUUUGGGUACUGCACGGAGUGGAACCCCGCAAUGGAGAAGCUGGCAGGGCUGAAGCGCGAGGAGGUGAUGGGCAAGAUGCUCACCGGGGACGUCUUUGGCGCGCUGUGCCGCCUCAAGAGCAGCGACGCCAUGACCAAGCUCAUGAUCAUCCUCAACAACGCCAUGGACGGGAAUGAUACGGAGCGCUUCCCCUUCUCCUUCCUGGAUCGCCAGGGCAAGCUGGUGGAGGUGCUGCUGACGGCCCAGAAGCGCACGGACGCGGAGGGCGCCAUCACGGGCGUCUUCUGCUUCCUCCACACCGCCUCCCCGGAGCUGCAGCAAGCGCUCACGGUGCAGAAGGCCGCCGAGAAGGUGGCAGAGGCGAAGGCGAAGGAGCUGGCGUACAUCCGGCAGGAGAUCAAGAACCCGCUGGACGGCAUCAUGUUUGCGCGGUCGUUCAUUGAGCACACGGAGCUCACGGAGGACCAGAAGCAGCUCGUGGAGACGAGCGCCAUGUGCGAGAAGCAGCUCCGGCGGAUCCUGGAUGACAUGGACCUUGCUAGCAUCGAGGAAGGCUACCUGGAGCUGGACACAGCAGAGUUCAUGAUGGCGACGGUGAUGAACAGCGUCGUCAGCCAGGGCAUGAUCUCCUCCUCUCGCAAGGGCCUGCAGCUCUUCUGUGACACCCCGCCCGAGUUCAAGACCAUGAACGUGUUCGGCGACCAGGUGCGGCUGCAGCAGGUGCUGGCAGAUUUCCUGCUGAACGCCGUGCAGUUCACCCCAGCCAGUGGGUGGGUGGAGGUCAAGGUUGUGCCCACGCCCACCAAGCUGCCGGGAGGAGUCACUGUUGUGAAGCUGGAAUUCAAGGGCUCCCAGAUGUUUGACCGUGCCGAUGCACACAGCAACUCACAGGAGGGGCUGGGACUGGGCACCUGCCUUCUCCUUAACACACUUCCCUCCCUCUUCAACCCAACUUCCCCCUCUCUCCCCUGCUUGCCACCUCUCUCUUCCAGGGUGAGCCACGCAGGAGAAGGCCUUCCAGAGGAUCUGAUCCACCAGAUGUUUGACCGGGCGGACGCACACAGCAAGUCGCAGGAGGGGCUGGGGCUGAGCAUCUGCCGCAAGAUUGUGAAGCUGAUGAACGGCGACGUGCAGUACAUUCGCGAGGCCGGCAAGUCCCACUUUAUGGUUUCGCUUGAGCUGCCUCUUGCUCAACGGGAGGAUGCUGGGAGCGCCAAGUGCUGA